AUCCUAUAACGAAACCGUCACACCCGAUCCCCAUCUCUCCGUUUUACCACGCGCAGCCUUCUUCGUUGGCCGAGGCGGUUCCACUGGUGGCGCCACCCUCUUCUUCCGCCGUACUCUGCAUCUCUACUCGUCCCGCCGCCGCCGCCUCCCGACAACCGGCACAGUCACCCUCACACACAGAGUAACUAGGUUUUGUCCUGGGAGAAGUUUGUGGUUUCUUUUCUGAGCCGCAGAGAUUGGAUUUGGUUUUCGAGAGGUCCAGAAUCCACAAUUCCCAACCGUUGAUCUUCCAGUCAACAACCUACAUACAGACACGCCUUCCACCUGGACUUCCACAUCAUUCCUCUGAAAGCUUCUUGCGCCAUGAAAGCAGGUUGGUCGUAGAAUCAUCAGGACACAGGACUGCAACUCGAAAAUUGUUGAAGUGUAGUGGUUUGGUUUCAGCUUUGGUUGAUGGGGACAGGGGAAGAGGGCACGCCUUCUAAAACUUCCAAACCUCCCUCUUCAUCCCAGGAAAUAGCUCCAACACCUUCAUAUCCUGAUUGGUCAAGUUCAAUGCAGGCUUAUUAUGGUGCUGGUGCUACUCCACCUCCCUUCUUUGCAUCUACUGUUGCUUCUCCAACUCCCCACCCUUACCUCUGGGGAGGUCAGCAUCCUUUGAUGCCACCUUAUGGGACUCCAGUACCUUAUCCAGCUAUAUAUCCUCCUGGAGGAGUUUAUGCCCAUCCCAAUAUCACCGUGACUCCUGGCUCUGGACCAAUUAAUGCAGAAUAUGAAGGAAAGUCCCCUGAUGGAAAAGAAAGGGCCUCAAAAAAAUCCAAGGGAGGAAAUACUGCUUCAGGUGGUGGUAGGACCGGGGAGAGUGGAAAGGUGGCUUCAAGUUCUGGAAAUGAUGGUGCUUCUCAAAGUGCUGAAAGUGGCACCGAGGGCUCAUCAGAAGGCAGUGAUGAGAAUGCUAACCAACAGGAAUUUGUUGCAAAUAAGAAAGGAAGCUUCAACCAGAUGCUGGCAGAUGGAGCCAAUGCACAAAAUAACACGGGUGGACCAAAUGCCAAAUCUUCAGUGACUGGGAAACCGAUCACCUCCAUUCAUGGAACUAAUCUGAACAUGGGAAUGGAUUUGUGGAAUACCACCACUCCAGCUCCAGGGGCUGGAAAGGUGAGAGGAAAUGCCGUCUCCUCAGCUAUUGUUUCAGUACCGAUGGUUGGUCGUGAUGGUGUGAUGCCUGAACAAUGGGUUCAAGACGAACGUGAGCUAAAAAGACAGAAAAGGAAGCAAUCUAACCGAGAGUCUGCUAGGAGGUCGAGAUUACGUAAGCAGGCGGAGUGCGAAGAACUACAGGCAAGAGUGCAAACAUUGAACAACGAAAACCGUACUCUUAGGGAUGAGUUACAAAGGCUCUCCGAGGAAUGUGAAAAGCUAACAUCAGAAAAUAGUUCCAUCAAGGAAGAGUUGACACGAUUUUGCGGGCCAGAGGCAUUAGCUAACUUUGAAAAAGGGACCGCCAUGCCGCCUGCUCAAUCUCGAGGCGGUGAGGGCAAGGAUUAAGAACAUCAAUUCCAUUCAAAAGCUAUGAAUUCUGGAAGGUGGGAGAGAAACCAUAUUAACUCGAAUUUAUGAUCUUGCUUAGGAAUAUAGAAAUUUUUAUUUUUCUGACUAAUCUAUACGCUUGACCCUGUUUCAACAACUGUAACAUUAUAAAAGAAAUUUUUUCACUUGGUGGUUCACUUGCACCGUGAAAGCCUCUGGUGCAUAGGAACGAUACUCUAAGGAUUGAUUACAAA